UGAGGUACAUCCGUAGACUGUACGAGAUUUGAGUCCCAUGAAGGCCGCCUUUCGAUCCCUUGGCAGGUACAUAUUACUUUGCUACUUCUUCUCACCAGGCAUCUACCCCAGAGGAGUUGUUGGACUGGGUACCUACGGCAGGUAUGCAGGGCGUGGGGGUGAUCAAGGCGCCCGGCUGACUUUAUCAUCCUCUACUGGAAGCACGACAUUUCUUGAUCAUGAGGCCUCAGGCGGAACUCCAUUAAUCUCUGCUUCCUCUUAUGCCUGGCUACCUCCUCUUCCCCUUUUCUUGCGGGUUCGUCUUUUCUUUUUCCUCUCUUUAACCUCCUCGGCGUCCUCGCCGCUGCUUGCCGCGGUAUCUCAGUGGGCCCACUACGCACUGUGUUAUCAGUUUCUCCAUUUGUCCGCUAACCGGAAUUGGCAAUUCCGGGGCGCUGCCACCAGAAUAUCUCUACUUUGAACAUAGGGCUGCGCGAGUUCCGGUCCUCUCCGAUGGUGACGAAGUGGGAUAUUUUGGAUAUCGUAAACUCAGCGCCUCACG